AUGGAGCCGGUGGGACUAGCUGUCGGAGUCGCAGGGCUUGCCGGCGUCCUCAGCACUUGCCUAGACGUCAUUGAGCGAGUUGAUAUUUACAAAGACUUCGACAAGGAUUCACGUUCACUAGCUGUUCAGUUCGAAGCGGAGAAAGUUCGUCUCAAGAAAUGGGCCUGCGACGUCGGAUACCAGGAAGGGAAGCUCUCGGACAACCAUCAUGCCGCCCUGGAUGACCCGCAAAUUCGUUUGAUGACCACGGAACUUCUGAGUGUCAUCAAGGGAAUCUGUGGUGGCGCAACGGCUACAAUCCAGAAGCACCCAUUGGAUUCACAACCCGGGCUUGGUGGUGACACAGCAAUCCCCACUAACGGCAAUCAAUUCCUCUCAAAACAUUCGGAAUCAAGGAGGCAAAAGCUCGUGUGGUCUUUGAGAGGCAAGGCUAGACGCACAUCUCAAGUUGAAAACCUCGGGGUUCUCGUGCAGCAUCUGCACAACCUAGUCUCCCCCGAUAGUGUAUUGCCACAAGGAGAACUUCUGGAUAGGCCUGAUGAGGCUUGUGUCUAUGGGAAAAAUGACUACAUGGAAAGAAGAACGUUGCUUCAUGAAAUUCGUCAGACUUUAUCUCGUUUAGAAAAGGAGAUGGAAGCCGAGACUCGACGAGACCUCCGUGCCUGGUUGGCUUGCCCACCACCAAACGAUCUGUACUUCGAAUCAAAACAAAAACGGCUCGAGAAAACAUGCGACUGGAUCUUGGAACGCCCCGAAUUCAUUGAGUGGCUCGCUCCAGACGCCAAAUCUACCAACACCGAAAAGCUGCUAUGGAUUAACGGGCCCGCGGGGCUUGGGAAGACUGUUCUUUGCGCCCGCGUGGUCGAAUAUUUAAUGUCCUUAUCUCAGACUCCUGUGGCGUAUUUCUUUUUGUCUUCCGACUUCGAAAGCCGCGACAACCCUUACGCAGCAAUUCGGUCAUGGGUCCACCAGGUGACAUCUUGUCGCCAGGUUGCCUACCAAUUGGUGCGAGACAAAUGGCUAGCUCAGAACGAACAGUUCGCCACACAGACCGAAAUUGUCAACCUCUUCCGAGAAGUUGCGCAAGCCAUACACGGUGCCACUUUUGUCUUGGACGGUUUGGACGAAUGUACCUGGAUCGGCGAAGGUCACCAGGACAACAAAUCUCUGCGGAAUUUCCUCGAUACCAUGAUGAAGGCAGUGUCUAAUACCCAUUCUCGCCUCUUGGUUGUAAGUCGGGAUGAGUCUGAGAUUCGAAGCGGUAUGCUCGACUUGAAACGAUGUGGGGAACUCAAAAUCGUCUCUGAAGACGUUCAAUCUGAUGUUGCUCGAUACUCGAGAAGCAUUGUCGACAAGAAGCUACCUAAAAAAGACUCGGCUACCCGAGAAGACGUUUCCCAAAUGCUUGCAGAUCGGUCCACUGGCCAGUUCCUCUGGGUCAAGUUACACGAGGAGUCUUUACGCAGCUGGAAAAACAAGAAACAACUUGUGGAUGCCAUCAACGAAAUACCACCGGGACUCGAUCAUGUUUACGAACGAAAUUGGACAAGAAUUUCAAGACUACCAGAUCCAAUACGCAACCGCGCCUAUUCUCUGCUACAAUGGGCGGCUUUUGCACUCCGGCCCCUAACCAUCAACGAGAUUUCUGAGGCCGUGCUGAUUGACGAAGGCAGGGAAGAAUUCCCUGCAUAUGAGUUACCGGAUGAGGUCGAUGAUGAUUUCAUCGAUAGCGAGAUUCAGAGUCCAUGUGGCUCACUUUUGGAGAUUCGAGGCACACCCUCAGAUGUCGAAAUUGGGCUUAGGACGGUACAUUUGACGCAUUUCUCAGUCAAACAGUAUUUCCUAAGCAAUAUCUCAGCUCAAUGGCUGCCCUUCCGUCUGAAUGGCCAAAUUUCGAAUGAGAUCUUGCAAAGCAGCAGACUGGCAAAGCUAUGUCUCCGUUAUAUCAACAGUCGGCAUUUUUCGGACUCUGAAAUGGAAACAACAAACUUGAAGCCAGGAAGUACGCAGGAAGAGAGCAUGAAAGCCUGUGUCAAGAGAUCAUUUCGAUACUACGCAGCGGAUUCAUGGUAUCAACACGCCGCUGCCGGCGAUGAACAUGACGCUAACUUGGCAAUGUUCAUGAAUGCUCUGUUUGAUGUCCUCAACCCUAGCUGGAGUGUGUGGCGCAAUUUCUUCGAGAUCAAUAGUCCGGAUAUCGGCCUGGGAACUGAUUUCCAACUCCAACCGCAGCAUGCCGGCCCACUGCACUACGCUGCACAGUUCGGCUUCGUCAAACUCGCGUCCUAUCUUAUUCACAACAAACAACAUGAUGUAGAUGCAAAGGCUCCGUUCGGUAGAACAGCACUGGAGAUUGCAUGUAGGGCUGGUGAUUUCAGACUUUCUAAGAUGCUUCCAGAUGCGGGGGCGAAUAGCUCUGCAUCGAACGACAUGGGAUCGACACCUUUGAUGGAGGCUACGUAUCAGGGGGCCUUUAACCUGAUCAAACUUCUCCUCGAUAACGGGGCCGACUACAAUGCCGCUGAUAACCGUAAUGAUACGGCACUUAUAGUGGCUUCAUCCCGCGGUCACCUCGAGAUAGUGACGUUGCUUCUCGAAAAGGGAUGUGAGGUGGCUUUCGCAAUCGACUAUGGCUGUACGUCCCUAAGAAUGCAUCUGAUAAUGGACACUUAG